UGGCAUCUCUGAACAAAAAAGGAAGACAAGAUAUCACCCCAAGACUGUUAAGAUGGAACUGAUUAUCAAAACAAUGGAUGGGACAUUACACCCGCUGAUUGUGAACCCACAGGACACUGUUGGAUCCCUGAAAACACAAAUCCAUAGACUACUGAAGGUGCCUGUCCACAAACAGAAGCUGGUGUUUGUAAACGGCAAAAAAACAACUCUCAGUGACGAGACCAAACUUUUGUGCGACUACGGCUUGCAGUCCGGCUCCUAUGUCUCCCUGCUGAUCGUCGAGCCUCCUCCCAUCAACUCUCCCAUCAAUCCUAUCAUCCAGGUGUUCCUCAAGAACGAGAAGGGGCAGACGAGCACCUACGAUAUCAAACCCAACGAGACGGUGGAUGACUUCAAGCGGAGAGUGGAGCAGAGGGAGAGGGUACCGGUGAACCAGCAGAGGCUCAUUCACGAAAGCAAGGAGAUGUCUGCUGGAAAGCUGUCGGACUACAACGUGAGGGCGCACAGCACCAUCUACCUCACCUUCCGACUGAGAGGAGGCUGAGGACAUGGAGGACGAUGCACCAGGAAAUUAAUUCUUUAUAAUUAUUUUAUAUUUAUUAGUAGUUUUAAUAUAAAUCAUCGACGCAUUCCACAAUGUGUAAUUCCGCCUUAAUAACUUUGUUUUGUUUAGCCGACAACAAAGUCAUUCCACACACACAAGAUUCAGUGUUAUGCUUUUAUUUUGAAAAAUCCAUGUUACCCAGAAAUUGUGAAAAAUAAAAUAUAAAUAAAAGUCUUUGAUGUGAAUUUACACGCCUCUUCUCAUUUCCUGUGUCUAAACCCUCAGCUCAGUGGGUGGAGCUGCACUGUUUCAGGUCUGAAGAUGUAACAAAAAGACAACUGUAGUGUUGAGACUUUAAAAUUGACAUUGUUAUAUUCUCCUUGAAAUGGGUGGUGCUGGAGCAGAUCACAAGUUGCUCUCACACCCACAUUUACCUUCGACGUUCAUCAGGACCAACAUUUUACAGGUGAUGUGUGACUUCCUUUUAAAACUUGAGCGCAUCUGCAAUUUCUUCAUUAAACUGUUUCCAGUAACUAGAGGAAGUGACAUCAGCACAGCACUGGGGAACAGAGACAGCAACUGAAUAUUAAACAAAUAAAAUGUUAAUCAAUUUACCAAUAUAUCCGGGACCACAGUAAGAAAAAAAAAAAUCAUUUUCAGCAGUGGACUAAGGAUAAAAGAUCUUACUGCCUCAUACACAACGUUUCAGAUUAGACGGAAAUAAUCGAACUCAGAGAAAUCAAAACAACCGCUUUUUGGAACCACUUUAAUUGACCCCAAAUUUCAGUAAAUACAGAGAAGGAAACAAACAUAUUUACAACAAUGGAGCUGCCAACAGCAGAUCAUACAAAAAUACAUCCCAAUAGCAAGUCUGAACAAAAAGGCUUAAAAAAAAAAGAA